GUGCGGCGGAGGGUGUCAGUCAUGGCCGUGCUGCUGGAGACUACGCUGGGCGACCUGGUGAUUGACCUGUACACGGAGGAGCGGCCCCGCGCUUGUCUGAAUUUUCUGAAGCUCUGCAAAGUCAAGUACUACAACUAUUGUCUUAUAUAUAAUGUUCAGAGAGAUUUUAUUAUACAAACUGGGGACCCCAUGGGAACUGGCCGUGGAGGGGAAUCCAUAUUUUGUCAACUGUACGGCGAUCAAGCUAGGUUUUUUGAGGCAGAAAAAGUACCAAGAAUUAAGCACAAGAAGAAAGGAACCGUGUCAAUGGUGAACAAUGGGAACGAUCAGCAUGGAUCACAGUUUCUUAUUACUACUGGGGAAAACUUGGAUUACCUUGAUGGUGUGCAUACAGUAUUUGGAGAAGUGACAGAAGGCAUGGAUGUAUUGAAGACAAUUAAUGAAGCCUUUGUCGAUAAGGAUUUUAUCCCGUAUCAAGAUAUCAGGAUAAAUCAUACAGUAAUUUUAGAUGAUCCAUUUGAAGAUCCACCUGGCUUGUCCGUUCCUGAUCGCUCACCAGAACCAACCAAGGAACAGCUAGAUAGUGGCAGAAUAGGAGCAGAUGAAGAAAUUGAUGACUUGAAAGGACGGUCUGCAGAUGAAAUAGAAGAAGUUCAGGCAGAAAAAGAAGCAAAAACUCGUGCCAUUCUUCUGGAAAUGGUGGGAGACUUACCAGAUGCAGAGAUCAAGCCACCAGAAAAUGUGCUGUUUGUUUGUAAACUGAAUCCUGUGACCACAGAUGAAGAUCUAGAGAUAAUAUUUUCACGAUUUGGUCCCAUUAAAAGCUGUGAAGUAAUUAGAGACUGGAAGACUGGUGAAUCACUUUGUUAUGCUUUCAUUGAGUUUGAAAAGGAGGAGGACUGUGAGAAGGCUUACUUCAAAAUGGACAACGUGCUGAUAGAUGACAGACGGAUACACGUGGAUUUUAGCCAGUCUGUUGCAAAGAUUAAGUGGAAGGGAAAAGGUGGGCGGUAUAGCAAGGACGAUUUCAAAGAGUAUGAAAAGGAGCGUGACAGACCUUCAAAACUUGCUUUGAAAGAGAAGGUAAAGCCAAAGCAAGAUGCCAAGUAUGACCUCGUGCUGGAUGAGGAUGUAGAAAAGUCUCAAACAAGUCAGUCACACUCGGGUAAAAAACAAAAGAAGAAAAAGCACCACCACUCUGAAGAUGAAGAGGAUGACAAGAGGACAAAAAAAUCUAAGGAUUCUGAUCGAAGACAUGAAGGAGAACACUGCAGAGAGAGGGUAAAGAGCGAGAAGAAAGACAGGCAUCGGAGUCGCAGCCGCUCUCACGAGAGAGACUACUCGUACAGCAAACAAAAGGACAAAUACAAAGAAGACUUCCAAAUAAGGGACUGGGAUAGAAAAGCAAACAGAAGCAGAAGUCCUAAGAAAUCAAAAGACAAAGAAAGGUCCAAGUACAGAUGAAAGAUGAGGAAAGGAGAACUAAAUUAUGGGUUUUUUUCCAGCAUUUCCAGAGUUUUCUCAAAUGGUUGUGCAGUUACUGGGUAAAAGCAGUUGCCUUUUGUUGGCAGCUUGGCCUUCAAAUUCUGUGAAUGCCCAGUGUAUGACUGUCUGAGGAAGCCUUGAUUCCAGAAAGGUAGUUUCAAUAAAGUAUUUCACAUAAGUGAGAUGGUUUGAGUGUCUGAUAAGGAAUGUUGUCUAAAGCUUCUGGGAAAUACAAGGAUGCAGUAACAAUUGUACUGCUCCUCUCCACUGUGAAUAGAUUUGCAGAACAUGCAUCCUUUCUACAAGGAAGUUGUGUUUACCUUUCAGCACUUCCAGAUGCUGUUGUAAUGAGGGUGGUAGAAGAUGUGAGGAUAUAGAGAUGUGCAGUGCACACUCCUUCCAGAAAGCGAGCAGAUACCAUUUGUGUAGGAAUACUCAAAAGUCUUACAUGCUUCCAGUAAAAUCAAGUACUUAGUCCUGUCAGCACACAGUCCUGGCAUCACUGCAGCAGUGGUUAAAGGCACUGAAGUGCUGCAGCGCUGCUUGCAAGGGCCAUGGAAGUGCUGCAGCAUAAUGAAUCAGCUGUGUGCACUUGCUUGCUUAAUUACACAGAUCACUUGGCUGUGUGGCAUUGCUGGAGGGAGGCCUCUUAAAAAUGGAGGUUCCCUUGAUACUUGGCCCAUCUGUAGUCACUGUUAAAGAUCUGACCUCUAGUGUCUGAGGGAUCUGGUUGCUGUGGUGUCAGGCACAUUAUGUUGGGUGGGCAAGAAAGAAAAUAGUCAUUAACAGAAUGGCAGAAAAGCAGAAUUCACAAAUUGCAUUGUAUUUGCCAAACCUAGA